AUGAUAUCCCGAUCGGGAUAUGUCUCCACACUGCCAGCAAGGGUGCAAGCUGCAAUUGCUAAAGAUCAAUUACUAUGUGUUAUGCGACAAGUCGUGCAAUUAUGCGCUGAUUAUCUGAUAGAUUUUAAUGUAUCAUCGAGAUGUCAUUAUGAAACAAUCAAAGAUUCAUUUGCAAAACAAUUUAAACUGGAUGAAUUACAUCAUGAUUCACUUCUCGAUGUAUUCAAACAAAAGUUAUCAAGACGUAUUCGUGAGUUACGUAAUCGGGGUAGUGGCAAUGGAGCGAAUAACAAACAAUGUUCGAAGAAACUAAAUUGGGACGCCAAUCGUUAUGAUGACGGGGAUGAAGAUGAUAUUAAGGCCCCUUCAACUUCAACUUUGAUUUAUAUUGAUACGAAUGCAGAUUUAAAAAAAUUUGUGAUACAAUUAAAUGACAGUUACGAAAAUAAUGAAAUGAAAACUGGGAAAACAAGUCAACUUAUAGUCGAAUCGUUUCGUGUACGUCGUGCUUAUUUAACUCAAGUUGGCCAAUCGAUGCAGCAGAUAUUAAAUGAAAUGCCAUUUACAAAAGAUCUGAAUUUCAUCAAAGUUGACUUUGAACUGAUAACAAAAUGUUCUUUGAAAAAUGCUGCUGGCAAACUCAAAAAUUGGGUUGAACAUGCUGUGCACAGUGGUAUUUAUGGUGAUUUACCAGAUGAAAAUAAAUAUGAAGAAUUGUUGUUACGUGUUUGUACAAGAAUAGGAAAACGUUACAGAAAUAUUUUACACAGAGAAGAAAUUACUGGAGAUGAGUAUGAAUUUGAUUUACAAAAAGUAUUAGAUAAAGAUAAUAUAUGUCCUUUACUUUAUUCGGUUACACUUGUACAACGUCAGUUUUAUUAUAUUACGUUUGGUAAUCAAAUAUUAAUCCAAUUUGAAAACGAUGAAGAAGAUUUUCCUGUUGUUUUAUCAACGUUAUUAGCGUUGUUUUAUGUGUUCGAUGUUGUUUUCCCACGUACAUACAAAUCAUUAUUAGAAAUUAUAGAUUAUUUUGCACUAAGCAAUGAUGAAACAAAAUUAAAACAGUUAACUGUAACAGCCCAAGCAAUUAUUGUAGAAUUCAAUAAAAAAAAUUAA